AUGAAAGCAUCAGUUCUCUUCGUCUGGCUCACCACCACGCUGGGUGGUAGCCUGGCUGCUGCCGUCGUCAAGGAUAUUGCCAAAGACGUACCCCCGGCGCACAAGGAGUUUGUACUUUUCAAGAGCUCAAACAUGGCCGGCGCAGACAAGCUCGCCAACGGAGUCGGCUUCCACUCCUUCCGAGUUCCCGCGGUUGUGACGACAUCGACGGGUCGAGUCCUUGCCUUUGCCGAGGGCCGGCGCCACGACAACCGCGACCUCGGCGACGUCAAGGUCGUCAUGAAGCGCACCAAGACGGUCAACAGCCAUGGCUCCAACCCCAGCGACUGGGAAAGCCUGCAGGUAGUCACAAAGGACGACGGCGUCUGGGGCAAUCCCACGCCUGUCGUCGACGGCCCGACCAUCUACCUAUUCCUCAGCUGGAACAAUGCCAAGUACAGCAGAGACGGCGAGGACAGGCUCCCCAACGGCAAGAAGACCAAGAAGGUGGACGGCAGCUGGAAGUCCCGGCGACACACCUACCUGACGCAGAGCACCGACGACGGCCAGACGUGGUCGGAGCCCAGGGAGAUGACCAGGCAGCUCACGCCGGGCGGCCGGGGCUGGGACGUUGUCGGCCCCGGCAACGGAAUCGUCCUGACGUCGGGGGAAGUCGUGGUCCCCGCCAUGGGACGAAACAUUGUCGGAAAGGGCACGCCGGGCCAGCGGACGUGGUCGUACAAGAGGCUCAAGGGGGCCGGGGCCGAAGGGACGAUUGUGCAGACGCCCGACGGCAAGCUGUACCGCAACGACCGCGCCGGAAAGGACGAGGAGUACCGAAAGAUUGCCCGCGGGACCCUGGCCAAGUUUGGCUCCUUCACGCUCGACAAGGGCCUCCCCGACCCCGACUGUGCGGGCGCGACGCUCCUCUUCAACCGCGCCGACGACAAGGGCCCGGCCCGCGUCGUGUUCCUCAACUCGGCGGACAAGAAUACCCGGCGAGCCAUGCGUGUUCGAAUCAGCUACGACAAGAAUGCCAAGGAGUACAGCCACGGCCGCAAGUUGAGCGACGCGCCCGUCUCCGGGGCCGGAAACGAGGGCGGAUACGCGAGCUUGACCAAGACGGCCGACUCGGAGAUUGGUGCCCUGGUUGAGACGGACUUUGACCAGACUGGAGGCUCGAAGGAUGAUUACCACGCCAUUAUCUGGAGAAAGUUUAACUUGAGCUGGGUCCUGCACGGGCCCAAGAAGUAA